GUUAGCAAAUGUUUUGUUCUAUGCCAGUGCAAUAGUCCAUUGCAAUCUUUUGAAUGUGUAGGGUAUUCACCAUUCAUUAAAGCCAGACAAAACUGAUGAAAUAAUAUGUUGGCUUAAUUGCGCCUUAAAUACAUUAUUGGGGAAAAUCAUCUAUCCAAACACUGUCCGCAACCGCUGCUCCGCUGAUGAAAUUCCUGUCCUGUUUAAGCACCUUGGAGAACUCCAACCCGGAACAGCAGCCCGGUGCUGUUUAUGGUGCGGACGCUAGGCUAGAAUUAGGCUGAGUGGAGGCUCGAGAAUACUUUGAUCCCUAUUAAUGUGAAAUCGUUAUGAACAGAAUAGACAUCUUUUUUAGGCUGAUGGGAAAACUGCGUCAAGCUAAGUCACAACCUCCUCCGUAAAUAGAAAUGCCUAUCGUGUUAGCAACAUUCCAGGCGUGCCAAUAGUACAUGGAUAGAGGAUAUGUUGUCGGCUAUUAUUGUGCUCAGAAUCCAACAAUCUCCUCGCUGUCAGGUUUGCUCCCCGCUGGAUUGGCUGUGGUGCCUGCCACUCAUGCGUCUUCAUGCCUUGCCGUGUCCCUUUGUAAACAGCAGUAGCAGCAGGCUUCGUUACACGGCUAAAUAUAUCUGCAUGGAUUUCUACAAAGGCAAGGGUAAAAGCCAGAACAAGUUACUGUGAAUAUAAAGAUCGCCGAUUUAAUUAUUUAUCAUCCACUCAGCGACGGAUCGCAAGGAGCAAAAGAGUCAAGGGCGCAUAAUGCCUUCUAACCCGAGUAGGGCCAGAGCCAGAGACCGUGGCAAUCUCCUGGGCAGACCAGAGUUCUUGUCCCUGAACCAACCUCUCCGCACCGGUAACACUGAGGGUCGCGGCACGGGCCGGCGAGGGGGACACACCAAGUCCCAGCAAAGCCAACCAUGGGAGUAUCAACCGGAACCUACCGACACCGCCAAAGAGCGCAAAGAUUCCGCAAAACUUCCCGAGGAGGACUGCAUGCUGCUCAAUCCGUCUUUCCGAGGGAUCGCGAUUAACUCUCUUCUUGCCAUUGAUAUUUGCUUAUCUAAAAGGCUGGGGGUGUGCGCCUACACCUCAUCAUCCUGGGGUAGUGUCCGCUCCAUGAUCACUCUGCUGGCUCUCACUGGACACGCCAUCACUUGGAUCUUCGGUACUCUUCUGUGUCUCACUAGAAGUAAUACGCAGGCGGGCCAAGAGGUCUUGAUCAAUCUCCUACUUGCUCUAGUACUAGACGUGAUGACAGUGGCCGGAGUGCAGAAGCUGGUGAAGCGCAAAGGACCAUGGGAGAUGAGUCCUGGCUUCCUGGACUGCAUGGCGAUGGACCUGUACUCCUUUCCCGGGGCCCACGCCAGCCGGGCAGCCAUGGUCUCCAAGUUCCUGCUGUCACACCUGGUUCUGGCGGUGCCACUGCGGAUCCUGCUGGUGCUGUGGGCCUUCCUGGUGGGCCUGUCGAGGGUUGUGCUGGGCCGGCACCACCUGACGGACAUGGCCUGCGGCUUCGCCCUGGGCCUGCUGCACUUCAGCCUGGUGGAGACCGUCUGGCUCUCCUCCAGCGCCUGCCAGACCAUCAUCUCCAUAGGGACACUCAGCUGGAGUCCAUUCAGCUAGGAGGCUGAUUGGUUGAUUCAUGGCUGUUGGUUGUUGGCUGAUUGGUUGAUUCAUGGCUGUUGGCUGAUUGGUUGAUUUACAGCUGUUGGCUGACUUUUGGUAAAGCCUGAUUAGGUCACUGAUGACUGGUAAAGUUGUCAGAAGAGACAGGUUGUCUGAACAGUGACUGUGAGAUGGGAUAUUGAGGAGGCAGAAAGAUAAGAUGAUAUUUGAAUCACAGCAACAGCAUUAGCUGCAGGUUUAGCUGUGAGAGUAAGGAUUACACAAACAGGAUUAUUUCAUUUAAGAUGAGAUCUUAGGAAAGGGCGUCCUCAUAGGCUCUCCACUCACCAACUGUCUGACCCUCUCCUCUAACUGAGCAGUCAGUACAGAACUGACUCUGCUGAAGGUUAGCUUUCUGUUUCUGAAGCGCCUCUUUUGGCGUCUCCUCUCUAACCAUCUGCUUCCUCCUCUGCUCUCACUUUCACUUCCCCCCUCCUUGUUUUGCUAACAGUCAGGUAUUGAGACACGCAGCCCUAAAUCCCGCCAGAAAUGCUAUCAAGAAUGACCCUUUUAGGCCAAAAUGCCAAGAGAACAGCGAAGAGUGUGAGGUUUAGAACACUAUUGUUGGAAGCCUAUCUUGAUGGCAGAUUUGUUCAUUUUACUCUGUUGUAUUAAACAUUUCAGCUUAAUGUACUGUAUAUAUAACUGUAAAUAUUACUCACCAUCAAAAUGAGACUGGCCAUUUCCUUUAGACAUGGUCAGAUUUAUAUUUCUGUUGCAGAUAUCUGUAGAACAGGGGUUGUAUAACAUCAUUUGUAGAAUUACAUCAGGCAUGUUUUUACAGGUAGCCCACCCACGUCAAACAGAGGAUAUAUCAGAACAACAUGACUGCAUUUGUCCACAGUAAAGGUGAAAUGGCUUUCUUCUGCUAAAGCAAUCAUUAGGUUAGCCAUGACUGGACUUCCAUCAUAGACUUAACUGCCAAAGCCUGCAGGCAUAGUUUCCACACUUAAUAUUUAUCUUCAAAAUGAAAUUCUCAGUUGACAGAAAAUGCCCAUCCAGAGACAACUUACACCAACACCCCCUGAGACCUGAAAAUGGAUCAGCACAUUUUCUCUAAAUAGGCUAUGAUAGCAUCACUAUCCAGUAGCCUACGGCAGAAGAGAAACGGAUUCUGGUGCUUAUACAGUAUUUUGUGCCUCUCUGCAUAUUUGUGUGUGUGUGUGUGUUUAUCUUUAUUUGUGUUUGUGUGUUGCGGAUUCAUACUUGCUAUCCGGUUCUCUGAUGAUGGUUUUAAGAUUAUUCAUAUUUGUUUUUAAGACACCAUGCUUGAUUGCCUUGUUUCCUACUCUCCGCCCUUUGCCACAUGAGGCAUGCUGCUCAACAUCACUGCAUUGGAUGUGGCAUGCUGCUCAACAUCACUGCAUUGGAUGUGGCAUGCUGCUCAACAUCACUGCAUUGGAUGUGGCAUGCUGCUCAACAUCACUGCAUUAGAUGUAAAACAGCGAGUCAGUGGCUAAGAAGCAGGGAGGCCAAAGAGGCUGCUGACUGUUGAGAAGAGAUCAGGUGACCGAGUCCACCUCUCUUCUGCUGAUAAACAUUACAGUUGUUUCCUUACAGGGCUGCUGUCCUUGAAAUGAGAACUGAAUGAAAUUACAUCUGAGCCUUUCUGCAGGAUGUGCUCAUCCUGGCGCUUAUCGUCUUUAUUUUAUAGGCUUUUUAGAUGAGUUUUAGUUGGAGCAAAUGAGCAUGAAUGGUUUGGGCUUUUGUGUCGUUUUUUUUAAUACCAUGUUAUUUGUGAGUUGGACUUGUAAAUAGUGAAAGGUGCUGUGUUGACAAAUGUUUUAUUUUUUGGCAUAAGUUGAUAUUUUUUCUCUCUCUGUUGCGAAGUGUCCAAUGCUCAAAUGCCUGCAUGAUAUUCUGAAAAGUAUUUCUCAGUGAUUUUUUUUUCCUUUUUAAAAUGAAAUCUAAUUUGAAUGUCAUAGACUGCUCCCGGUCACCAGCAAAACAUUCAAGUCAAUGCCACUGCGUAGUUAAAGACCCCGUCAUUCUUUAUUUGACUGAUUGAAUCUUGUAUUAUGGCCUGGAGGGAAAGCUUUUCAAUCUUUGACUGACAAAAGCUAAAACUGUAGAUCACUCUGUGAGGUUCAGUUGUAUCCGUCUGAUGCCAAUUAAAAGCUGCAGUGGACCUUGUAAUGGUCUCCACGUGAAACCAAACUAUUGCAGGUGUGACAACAGACAAACAGGGAUUUUUUUUUUGUAAUGUUUAAUUCAUCAAUGUAUUGUGAAUGAAAUUCAGUCUACAUGAUUCUUCAUGAAUAAUAAACUAAUAGAAAGUGUGGUGUCUCUCAACAUUUCAUAAGUCUUUGCACAAGCAAGACUCCAGUCUCCAGAAGUAGAAAAUCACAAUUUAAGACCACUGAGCCUUUUGAGCAUUUAUUCCUGCUAGUUUAAGCAGAAUGUACCAAUUUCGUAAUGUAAUCCUCAUCACUGGGAUGCCGAAAUCAUAUUUCUCCACUUAACUGCUUGAGCAAACCCAAAAAGAACAUCAAUCAAUCAAACAAACAAACAAACAAACAUCAAUUCAGAAAAAUCUAAAUUCUUUGGCAAACCAAAGUGUGCCAGGCCAGAGCUCUCCCAUGCGUGACUUGUUUAAACGCGACGAAGCUGUGAGGAAUUCAUUCCAUCUGGG